AGGGUUUGUUGAUUUUAUUUAUAUUGUUUGAUUGCUGAUGCAUGAUAGUAAUUAGGUAUGUUAACUCACUAUUUUCCUUUUAUAUAUAUCUGUCGCAUAUUUCAUACUAAUUAUGUACUUUUUUUGUUGUUGUUCUUUAAUGUCGCUGUAGAUGAAAUUCACAAUUCUUUUUCUUAAAAUUUUUGCAUGGAGCCUUGUCUGAUUGUAUCAGUUGAUUACGUACUCGUCAUAACUUGCACAUGGAGAGCUCCAACCCUGAUGAGAAAAUUCUUAGCUAUAAUGAUGUUGUGCUCAGGCGAUCAGACUUGGAUAUCCUAGGCGGCCCCCAUCUUCUGAAUGAUCGUAUAAUUGAGUUCUAUCUGAGCUAUCUCUCUUCAUCCCAUGCUUCUGAAGACAUCUUGCUAGUUCCGCCAUCAAUAUCUUACUGGAUAAUGAGCUGUUCUUUGAGCGAGAAUCUUAAGGAGUUUGUGGAGCCGCUUCAUUUGCCUUCUAGAAGCCUGGUACUCUUUCCUGUCAAUGACAACGAAGAUGUGCAUAUGGCUGAAGGCGGAACUCAUUGGAGCUUACUUGUAUUCGAGAGACAAACUAAUAUGUUUAUUCACCAUGAUAGCAAUGGACCUGGGAACAGAUUGCCUGCUUUCCGACUUUACAAUGUGAUUCUCAAGUACAUGUCAGAUUCAGGUUCAGCAUCUAAUGCCGGGUUUACAUGUUCAGCAUCUAAAGCCAGGUUUACGGAAUGCACAGAUAUUCCACGGCAAGUAAACGGUUAUGAUUGUGGCUUAUAUGUUACUGCCAUUGCUAGAGUGAUCUGCCUCUGGCAUAGUAAUAAUGGAAACAAAGCCAAUGACAGAAGUUAUCUGUGGUUUUCUGCUGCGAAGGAGCAGGUUACUCCAUCUUUGGUUUCUGAAAUGAGAAAUGAGAUUCUGGGGCUGAUUAAAGAUCUAAUGGCCAAGAAGUGAGGUUUCAGUAGAUGAAAGGAAGAAGACCAGUGAAAGAGUUGGUGUUUGUAGACUAACAUAAUGGAAAUGUAUUGGACUAUCUGCAAUCCUUUUCUCUGAGAGUGGUUAGUGUUAAUAAAUCUUUUAGUCAUUCACGUUUUAGUUUUGCAAGGUUUUAAACAAUUAUGAUGCAGUAUUUAGGGUAUCAUAGGAUUACUUACUGUUAAUAAUAAUUCACUUUAAUGGUUUACGUGUUAAUUUCUUUCCUUUCAUGGCUAUAGAGGUAUAUUUUAAAUUGUACAGCGAGUUUUCUAAUUGUAUUUUAGUUGUAUGAUUUUGUUUACUACAGUUAAUCUUUUUAUAAAUGAGUGAUCUCUAUAUUGUUAACU